AGUUGGCUCGUCCCGCCCCUGCUUCUGAGUGACAGGACCGUGGACAGCAACAUUUCGAACCGGACCUGAAGUUUGUGGGCUCCUGCCUUGGCUGAGCUGAGUAAGAAAAAUCAAGACUAUUAUCUUAGUACCUGGCACUGACUUUGCCAAGAAUGCAAGCAAAGCUUCCUCAGUAAAAGAUCUUGCCUCUGGAAACAUCUUAACCCUUGGCACCCUUCCAGAAUCCAGACUUGGCAGCAUCCAGGACACAACACAAGGCAACUGAUAAAGACCCAGGAGAGCAAGAAACAGCAACUCAGAGCAGCAGGCAUUUUGGAGAUCAAAGAUGGGUAGAAAAGAUGCCUCCACUAUAAAACUUCCUGUUGAUCAGUACAGAAAGCAAAUUGGUAAACAAGAUUAUAAAAAAACCAAACCUAUUUUACGAGCAACAAAAUUAAAAGCAGAAGCAAAGAAAACAGCAAUAGGCAUAAAGGAAGUUGGCCUUGUACUUGCGGCUAUUUUGACUCUCCUAGUGGCUUUCUAUGCUUUCUUUUAUCUCAGACUCUCCACAGAUGUUGACCCUGGUCUGGAAUCAGAUGAAGAUUAGCUGAGCAGCAAUCAGUGCAUGAAACUGAUAUAAUUUUAUAAGGCAUCUUCUGGGACCAAUGCUUUCUAAAAUAUUGAAACUGCAACAUCUUGAAUUCUUUCUGCUGUUAUUUUCAGUUUGCAGAAAUAUCUUUUUAAAUAGUUUCAUAGGAUAUCAAGAGAAACUUCCCUAGCAAUGUAAUGCGAUGUAUGUUACUGGAUACUUUUAUAAAUCUUUCCACUAUGACAGGCAACCUAUUCAUGGUGCAUUUAGAUAAAAUGGAAAACAGAUCCUAAAUUCUUUGAAUGUCUUAGCCAGUUUAUCUGUAUAACUCCAUCACUACAGAUUACUAAAUUUAUUUUUGUUCCAUAAUCAUCAUAAGUAAAAGUAUAUAUCCUCAUUUACAGAAACAUACUCAAAGCACAUUCAGAACCUCAGAAGUAGCGAAAAGUCAUGAGAAAUUUUUCAUUUUACAAAAAAGCGAUGUUUCCUUUCCAGACGUAUUUUACUUCAUUAGAGACAUUCUCUGCACAUACAUCUACAGUAUUCUUUUUCCUUCUUUGCCAACUGUUCAGUGCACAUGUGCUCCAUCAGAAAUGGCACCUGGAUGACAGAAGCUCAAAGAGUCACAUAUGUCUCUAAAAUAGAGCUCCUUUCCUCUUGGGCUGCCUGAACUGGUGUAAAUAGAAAGUUCAGUUGAUCUUGAUUUUAAUUAACUUAUUACUCUAUUAAUAUGAACUUGGAAUUCUAUUUUAAUUAUGUUGUUCUGGCUGCUUGCAGUAUCAGUUUGCCCCUCUUGUUAGGGAGAUGUGUAACAAUCUGUCAUUAAAUUGUGCUGUCUUUUUCACACAACAGUAAUAUCAGAAGUCCUACCUACUCAAAAUCAUUUUCUUGGGUUGUCUCUUAAAUCUGAACAAUGAUGUUUUACUAAAUUAAAUUUUGUCUGGACAGUUAAUCAACUGGAACUCUUUCAUGAAAAAUAAGUAAUAGAAUAAAAUAUUUCUCAUAUUAUUCA